AUUGGAUACAGAUUUUUUAUGUUUGAUUAUUUUUCAGAGAGCUCUAAAAUUAUAUUUUCGAUAUAUUUACUCACCGAAAUGACAUGGCAAGAUGCGGUUUGAAGGUCUAUGAUGUGAUGAUUACUUACAAGGUCCGAGUAUGAUGGACAAAGAUGAUACAGACCCUGACAGUGACAUGAACAGUGUUGCUGCUGGAGGUAGCAGUACAGAACAAAAGCCAUACCAGGUUCCUUGUUUCGAGAUAUCAUCAUGGAGUCCACGGGGAACUGCAGGACUACAGUUUGUAUCCCUUGUGCCUUUCAUGCAAACCCAUUUAGUGGGAGACAAGGAAUCACGUGCUGGAAAGAUUAAAGUAUCUACAACACACCGCAAACAGAGACUGAAAGAGUUCCAAACAGGAAGGACGACUUGUAGAAAUAUUGUUGAUGAAAGAAGAUUGAGAGCAGCCUGUAAUGACAAUGACUACAUUACAGUUGUCGAGCUUCUGGAGGGUGGGGCAGAUCCAUCUUGUGAAGAUGAGAAAAAGAGGACCCCUCUUCAUAUUGCAGCCUCACAAGGCUACCAAGAAAUAGUGAGAGUUUUACUGGAUAAAGGUGCUGAUCCUAAUAAAAAGGAUUUUAUUGGGAACACCCCGUUGCAUUUGUCUGCUUGUACCUGCCAGAUACCUGUUGUCACCCUUCUUCUUAAAGCAGGUACAGAUAUAAAGUCUGUGGAUGAUUAUGGCAGAACACCGCUAAAACUUGCCCGCUCACGUCUGCAGAAGUUGGUGGGUGAGAAUAAGGCCUGCGACAGCCUACGUGCUGAAAUAAAACAGGUUUCUGAUAUGAUGACAACUUACCUCAGAAUUUCUGGACAGAAUGAAGAUGCUGAUCAGCUUGAAUCUUUGUGCCGUCAGCUGGAGAAAACAACUACCCGAGAAGAGGUCGAUCAUGUGAACUCUCUUAUGGCAGAAUUUGCAUCACUCAACAUCCAAAAGACUGAUUCUUGAAUUUUUGUUGAAUGAUUUAAAACUUCUGUUUAAUUCAUUUAUUCUGUAACAGAAUUAAUCAGGUUCCUGUUUACUUACUAUUUUGAAAAAGUUGAUAUACACAUUCCAAAGAAAUUCAUAUGUGGUAUUUUGAUUUUAAUUUUUUUAUUGUAAAUUUAAGGAAUUUUAGUUCACAAAAUUUUGAAAACUAUGAAGUAACAUUAUUUGUUGUUGAAUCCUUUAAAAAACAGGCUGAAUGUCUGUUAGCAUGUUUCAGAUUUUUGUAAAAGGGUUAAAAAAAUAAAAUCAUUAUGGACCAAACUUUACAUACCAGUAAAUCUUCUUAUGAAACUAAACAUAACUUGCCAUGAUAUUUAUCUUUAAAAUUCAGAGAGUAUGUACUACCACAUUUAGAGAAACUUACAUUUCUGUAAAAUUUAUAUUGCAAAAUUAGUCAGAAAUUCUUAAAAACUAAAAAUGCACUGUUACAGACUUUGUGAACUAAGCAGUAGUAAAUGUUAAUGAAGAAAAGAAAUUUCAGGAUGUCUAAGUUUUCUAUGAGAGGCAUUGACUGCACAGAAUAGAAUUAUUUCUAAGACAAAAAAAAUCUCAGAGUUGAAGGGAUUGUAAACAAAAUAAAAGGCAAUAAAAGACUGCACUCAGAAAGCAACAUAUAACUGAUAGCUGUAAAAGUAUUUGUAUUCGUCUAUGUGAUGAUUACGUCAGUAAAGGGGAACCGAUACUAAUAAACUUAUUAAGUAAUACUUGUAAAUUAGUCAUAAAUGAGAUUGUUUUGAUGUGGGUAAUGAAAAAAUACUGUCAUAUAGUACUGGCAUACACGCAAUGAAACACUGUUAAUGUUAUGUCAAAAACUUUGUUGUUGUCACAUUCCAAGUCAAUUACUAUUUAUAGUAUUUUACCAUUUGAGAAUACAUCAUAAUUAUGGAAACAUUGCUAAACUACAUGUACGAUUAAUGUGAGUUUCGUGUACAAUUUAUGUGCAAAUCUGAUAGAUCUACCCUUGGGUUCAUGAUUAUGACCAGACUUACGCUUAUUGAAGCUACGGGUAAAUGCAUAGGGCUGCUGGAGGUUAAUGCGGGUUCCCCAACUCGAGAGUUUGCCAUUAUAUGUGUCCAGUUACACCCAUUUUAGAUGUCCUGUAGCCAGAUGCUAUGUAGGCUUCCUUUUAGGGAUCGUAUAGGUGUUUGGUAAUCAUUAAUUAGCUGCGCCAUGAGAAAACCAACAUAGUACAUUUGCGACCAGCAUGGAUCCAGGCCAGCCUGCGCAUCCGCCCAGUCUGGUCACAAUCCAUACUGUUCGCUUUCAAAGCCUAUUGCAGUGAGUGAAACCAUUAGCGAACAGCAUGGAUCCUGACCAGACUGUGCGGAUGCGCAGGCUGGUCUGGAUCCAUGCUGGUCGCAAACGCACUAUGUUGGUUUUCUCAUGGUGCGGCUCAAAAUUUUUAGUGUAAGAAAAUGCUUAUUUUGAAUGGCUUUUAUGCUGUUGAUAAGAGUUUUAAGCUAUAUUUGGUAAAUUGUUGAAUUUCACAAAUAACAACUAUCGCUAUGGUUUGAAUAUGGUACAGAUUUGAAAAUUGACAAUAGACUUCAAGUCUGAUACAUACUGUUGUGACAGGGAGCUGUCUCCUUUAAAUACGCAAACUUACAUGAAUAAGGGGAGGAUGGUAUAAUCUUUAAAUUUAAGGGAUUACUAUUUAUUUCUCUCCAGUUUUGAGCAAUUCUAUUAUUUAAUCCUUACGCUGGACACGACUAAUUCUGCCUUCGCGUCCAGUGUAGAUCAUGAUCAGCCUGCACAUCUGUGCAGUCUGAUCAUUAUCUGCAUUGUUCACUAUUCAGUAUCUUUUUGGUAAUCACCCCUUUUAACAGUUAAUGGUACUGUCCAAAUUGAAACAUGGACAAGUUCAUUAUAGAAAUUUAGCAGGGUAAGGGUUAAAAAUAGAUAGGGUAAGAUUUCACAGCUGAACAGGUAAUGUGCAAGACUUUACAGUCAAACUUGUUUUAUAGAGUCGCCCUGCUUGGGGGAAGUAAAAAGAUGGCCAGUAUGUGCAGAUUGUGUUCAGGCAAACUGAAAUUGAAAAUUUGGAAGGGCAACUAGUGUUUCUGUUCAGAGCCAGGAGGUCAGAGUUCACAGAUGGCUUUUAAUGCAGGGUUUAACUGUAUUUUAAUUAGUGAGUUAAAAAGGUAGCAAAAUUGAGAACGUUAACAAAAUUGAGACACAUAUAUUCAUGAAACACUUGUAAAGGAUAACCUGCAGUUUUAAAAUGAUGCACAUUUAAGUGAGGUGAACUGUUUAAUUAAUUUAUUGUACUUAUACGGUAUUGAGAUCUCAACUUUUUUCUUAAGCUGUACUGAGAACUAUGUUUUCCCUUAACAAGCUGAGAUAUUUUAUGAAAUUAAAAUGUAUUGAAUAAAAUACAAAUCAUUUGGUA